CCCAACUCCAACUCACUUUCAGGUCUUCUGCUGCUCCGCCCGACCAAGUAAUCCUCCCCAUUUCCAUCGACAUUCUUCUACUUACUUUCCUCUUCUCGAACACCACUUUUACUUUGCGAUUGAUUGUUUUUCGAUUACCCAUUACUUUUGUCCAGCUGACCAAUUCAGUCCUUCCUGUCUGCACUAACAGCGCCCGCCUUACCGCCAGACCCAAGCCAAUUCGCCCCAACCGGAGCGGCGGCCUUCUGCCACACACACACUACCAGCAUACUACAAAACGCUGGCACACCCCCCGGUCUUGACUUCGCCUUGCCUUGGAUUGUCUUUCCUUUCCUUUGCCAAUGCGCAGUCCUCAAACCUGCCCCAUUUCAAUUCGUCUCGUCCCAGUGAAUCACCGCACUGGCCCUACUCUCAAUUAUCGACAGAACCACCAAGGAAUUUUGUCACGACCCCGACUCCGUCACAACCACUUCUGAAGGUCCCAUCCCACCUUCGCCAAGACUCACGAUCCGCGCACCCGCCUAACUAUCUAACACCACACCCACCUACCACCCGACGACCACUCUUGAACCAGAUACAAAACCUACUCGCCUCGCGAUACCAUAGCCUGCGUGAAAAUUCGGGUUUAUCGGACGUGCGAUAUUCUGGUGCCGAAUUCAAUCUCAACUUGCUGCCUGCGACAACUCGCCACCUUCCUGGACCGUUAACACCGCCUACCCAAUAACUGGCGAGCCGCCUUUUCAUACGAAAUGGCAACCCGUCCCCAGCCCGACGAGGUUUCGACAACACAAAACCACCAACGCGCAUCGAUGAGUCCCGCCGAAGCCAUUGCGGUCAAGACAUCAUCCGCUUCUGUUCCAUCUUCCAAGAUGCAACCAAAGAACCCACUGGCCAUAAGCAGCAUGAUAUCGCCCCCAGAGCAGACCCCUCUCGACAGCUUUAAGCAGGUAUCAGAACACUUUCAGCCCUUCAGCAUGCAGCCGCCGACAAGGCCCAAGCAGGCCCACCCCCAGCAACCCCCAUCGCCCCCAAUCUCGCCAUGGACCAAGGCGGACAACCAUGUCAACGCUACUGCGAUCUCUCCGGGCGUCAAAGACCCCAUACUCUACCCUGAGGCGCCGGCAAGUCCUUCUUCGCCCCUCUUCGACGACCGAAAGCUCAGCCCCGCCGAAGUGCACAACGCCGUCGUCGAGCACAUUGCGUCAAGGGGAGCCGCUUCUCUCCCGCACCAUGUCGCGCCCCCGAAACCACAGGACUAUGAGUACUUCUUGUGCUUUACGGAGAAUGUCUUCCCGCUCUACCAACGCAACCCCCGUGCCUGGCUGAGGAGGAACCGCGAGCAAUUGCUCGAAGACGCUAGGGCUCGUGCCGGUCGUGGUUCUGGAUACAGGAAGCAUUCACACCCAAUCAUCCAAGCCAAGCCCCUGAUGGCGCGCCCAUCAAACACCAUUAUUGCCAAAGCAACUGCUCCGAAGCACAACUCCCCUCAGAGGAACACCACCAAGGUCACCAAGCCGUCGACAGGGCCCAGACCAGUUCGCGCUCAGACAACAAAGGCAGCCCGGCGCAUCAGCUCUACACCUGAGCCUCGCAGUCGUCUGGUACCUCCCAACCGAGAGGACAAGGAUUUCAGUUCCAUUCCUGACUACUGCCCACCGCUGAGUUCUCUCCCCGACAAGUCAAACCUGAUGCGGGUCGACUGGAAGGGUGCGCCCCUGGACCUGAGCAAGGACCCGCACAGGCAUCUCCUACAUCCCGAUGAGCUCCAAUUGGCGGCAGGCCUAAGGCUGGACUGUGCUACCUACCUCACCAGCAAGCGCCGCAUCUUUGAGGCUCGCCUGGAUUAUUACCAUAAGGGCAAGGAGUUCCGCAAGACCCAUGCCCAGCAGGCUUGCAAGAUUGACGUCAACAAAGCCUCCAAACUGCACACUGCAUACGAGAGAGCUGGCUGGUUUGAGAAAAGGUGGAUGCAGAACCUACCGGUCCCUGCAUCUCGCUAGAUGAUGCACUUGCGUUGCAUACAAUAGCCGGCAUGGCCGUCCUCACUCCUCCUCCACGUCAACCGCAUGCUGCUGUCUCUCCCGCCUUUCUUGGGUCAAGGGCUGAGCCCUCGUCGACAAUUUCUUUUGUUGGAUCGACCAUGUGCGACAUGAUUUGGUAGAGGACCAAGUGUCCGGCGCUUUGCAGUUCUGCCUGGGUUUUCUUUUUCGGGCGACGCAAGUUUUCUCAGCAUGUGAUGCGGUACUAGUUCUGUCGGGCUCCCCAUACACACAAUAUACACACAGCGCGGCACACAACGAGACAAUUACACACAAGAUACCCGGAGUACGAGACCACAACACACCUCGUCGUCACAACACAUCAUAUACAACAACACAGCGAGAUCACAACAUCUUGCUCGAGUUCCAUCUCGCCAACUCCUCUCUCCAUGUCUUCUCGGGUCUCCACUUUGCAUAAUGUUUCAGGGUUUCGCGGUCGGUUGGGUACGGUCACGGUCUAUGCGAGGAGUUCCUGUCCAUUAUUUUGGUUGACGGCUGUUUGGUCUUCGGCUGGUCCCAACGCUUGCGCGGGCCUGCUCAGGACACAUUGACCCGCUCGCUUCAUCAGAUUGGUCUUUUGCAUAUGACUGCGGCGUUUUCUCCCGAGAUCGCCACAGCCGUCUCUGGGAUUUCCCUUUUCUUCCUUUUUUGGUUUCUGUGUGUCACUUUUCACGGCGGGGAGUCCUUACAGAGAGGUUCUUACACGGAAGAGAUUGAUGGGAACUGUAUGGACAACCGCCAUCAAGACUACUGCUGUCAUCGUCAUGUUAUACCCCCAAUAUACCCCCUUGAGUUUGAUUACAGUCUUCACUUCACGCCACGUAGGGCGCAGACGAUACGUCAGUCCUGGCCUUCACUUUUGUCGACCCCUUCUUAUCUUCCCUUUGUCAGUCUGUCUGUCGACUUCAUUUUUGCUCAUAGAUGGAUGUUCGGUAUCUGGUUGGGAGCGGCAUCAUGCUUCUCAUGAAGAGAGCAGAGGUGACCAAUCCCCGUCUGCAGCGAGCUGAGUUGAGCUGAGCUGGCAUUCAUGAGGCCUGAUGGAGGGAUUACACGACAGAAUGGGGGCUUUGCUUCUCGGAUUUGGACAAUCUCCGUGACGGGGGAGCGACGGGGAGGAGAGUAAGAGACUGGCAUUUUGGAUAUGACAGAAACAAUGUGCUGGCCGACUUAGCUCGCGCACCCACCAAGCCGCACAUGCGUGCCUACAUAGGUAGGCACUUAGUUACUUGCUAGCUCCCCUUCCUCGAAAGCGGAGAACAAGAAAUGAUUGAGUUCGAGAAACCCCA